AUGUACCAGGGCGAACGUCACCUGUUCACUUGGUGUUCGUUCGCCUACGAAUGGUCUGAAGCAGAUCCCUUGCUCCCUUCAGCCUCACCUCCUGAACUUCAUGUGAGCCUGGGAAACAACAACGACAAGCAAACUGGCCUUGUAAAAAACAGACAGAGGGCCCAGCUCUCUUGCAUACGAUGCCAUCGACUCAAGGUCAAGUGUGACAAGGAACUGCCCUGCUCACGAUGCCGCAUGUCUGGCUGGGGCAAGUCUUGCGCGUAUCACCACAGGGCAGAAAAGACCAGCCCGUCAAACGCCAGUCCACAACAAGUUGCCAAAGACCCGGAUAGCGUUAUCGAGGCAUGGCAUUCACAAAGUCGAAGCGCCACCCACUGGACUGAAGUUUUAUCCACGCUAAAACUACAAGCUGGGCGUAGUGGCCUCCAAGUCUGCGACCUGAUCCCUGACUUUAUUCGCCAGCAAAAGAUGGGGGCUCAGGACGAUUAUCUAGUACCCGAGAACUUUCCAUUUAACAGUCCGGCAGCUGCCAAAUUUACACCCAUGGAUGCUGUCCAAGACCUCCUUCAACGCCAUAGAGAGAACUAUCAAUCUUACAUAGAUGGCUACCUGGUCCUCUACCAGACAAGUCAUCCCAUUAUCGACACCUCUGCAUUUCUCCCGCUAGUCGAAACAUUUUGGAAUGACCCCAAAGCGGCAGACAUGGCCUGGUUAGCCAGCUUCUUGAUGGUAUUAGCGCUGGGAUGUUUUGCCGUGACGAGGGAUCAGCAUGCAACAAUCGAACUCUGCAUGGCGGCAGAGGCUUGUCUAGGCAAGACCCCUUUCAUGGUUCAACCAGACAUGUUAGCCAUAAGGACUCUCUGCCUCAUGAUUCUUGCCAAGCAAACGGUUAGUACCACAUGUCGCACAUUCGAUUCCUGCUGGACGUUGUUGGGCAUUGUCACGCGUGCCGCCGUUGGAAUGGACUUACACAAACAGCGUGUGCCACUGGAUCAGUCGCGCGAGGGUAUUCGUGCCUGGCAGUCUAGCCAGACGCUGUGGUCCAUCAUCGUAUACUUUUGCGUACAAGUCGCCACGAUUACGGGAAAGCCAUUGCUUGUAUCAGCCGAUAUGUUCACCAAACAUUCAUCACCAUCCACGUUCCAGACAAAUGACCCAUGGCCUGGCAAUCCUGGUGCACCACCGGGAUCUAGAAGAACAAAAUCGGCCGGAUAA